AUGAUGAGCAUGAAGCUAAUCAAGGUGAUCAACGAGAGGAGCUCGGUCAUUUCGCUCGUAGUGCUGCUAGCCAGCAGCACGGCACGGGCGGACAUAUCCACACUACUACGUGGUGGAUACUCGAACAACAACAUCCUACAGAAUGAUGGUUACCACUACGAUAAGCCGAAAGUUCCGUUUGAAGAACCAACGACACCGCGCAAGUGUGCAGUAUCGGACCAGAACCCGGAUGGAAGCUGUGGCUACGAUUACCCGAAACCAGACCAAUCGUUUAAUCAGCCGAAUGAGUAUCUACCGCCGACAACGGUAAGUAAUUUGUAGGAAGAUGGAUUGAUAUAUAUGAUCCACUUUAAGCACGCACGAGCUGAGCUUGGUUUCCUAUGAUCUCUUCAGACCACUCGCAGGACGACAACUACAACACGGCCUACGACGACAACGACACGAAGAACGACAACCACUACCCGUCCAACAACAACGACUACACGCAGAACCACCCCAGUGCAGGAAUACUUGCCACCGAGCACCACCCGGCGGACGACAACAACGACGAGACCAACGACUACGUCGACACUUAGCACUACAAUACUUUGUGGUUAACCUCUCAUUCCUCAGACAACCCGAAGAACGACUACAGCCCGCGUUGUGACAACGACCAAGUGUCCUCUGUCGGCGCAGAAUCCGGAUGGAAGCUGUGGCUACGAUUACCCGCGGCCGGACCAGUCGUUUACGCUUCCGAAUCGUGUAUCGACCACCACACAACGACCAACGACAACCACCCGUAGGACGACGACCACGACAAGGCCGACGACAACGACCACACGUCGCACAACCACCACGACGAGGCCCACGACUAGAACGACCCAACGGAUCGUAACGACGACCAAAAAGUGUGCCGCCUCGUCACAGAACCCGGAUGGAAGCUGCGGUUAUGACUAUCCGAAGCCGGAUCAAUCGUUCACACUACCAAAUCGUGUCUCGACAACUACCACAAGGCGCCCAACUACGACUACUACCCGUAGGACAACGCCAUCGCAGGAGUAUCUCCCUCCUACGACGACCACUAGGCGAACAACCACUCGACCUACGACGACGACAACACGCCGAACAACAACCACAACUCGGCCUACAACCACGACACGGCGCACGACCACACCAAGGAUAGUGACGACCACAAAGUGCCCACCUUCGGCACAGAAUCCCGAUGGCAGCUGUGGCUACGAUUAUCCAAAGCCGGACCAAUCGUUUACACUACCAAACCGAGUGUCGACCACCACUACCCGUAGGACAACACCAUCCCAGGAGUACUUGCCUCCGACGACGACAACGCGCCGCACAACAACCACGACACGUCCAACAACGACGACGACUCGUCGUACUACGACCACGACACGGCCCACAACUACGACGACGCGCAGGACAACUACUCCGCGUCUUGUAACCACCACAAAGUGUGCUCCUUCUGCACAGAAUCCAGACGGAAGCUGUGGCUACGAUUACCCGAAACCGGACCAAUCGUUUACGCUGCCAAAUCGUGUCUCGACUACCACCACUCGUCGACCAACGACGACGACCACUCGUCGCACAACAACUACGACUCGUAGGACGACGCCGGCGCAGGAAUAUUUGCCACCAACUACUACCACUCGGCGGACUACAACGCGACCAACAACGACUACUACUCGGCGUACGACGACUACUACUCGUCCAACGACUACGACCACUAGAAGGACAACCACAACCACUCGUCCAACAACAAGGACUACGCAGCGGAUCGUAACGACUACAAAGUGUGCCCCGUCGGCUCAGAAUCCUGACGGAAGCUGUGGAUACGAUUACCCCAAGCCUGAUCAGUCGUUCACGCUGCCGAACCGUGUGUCGACGACCACAACACCUAGGCCAACAACAACAACGCGUCGUACUACAACGACAACUCGCAGAACUACUCCUGCUCAGGAAUAUCUUCCACCGACCACGACCACACGUCGAACGACGACCACAACAAGGCCUACAACCACAACGCGGCGUACAACAACGACAACUCGCCCCACCACAACAACGACACGAAGAACGACCACGACAACAAGGCCAACGACAAGGACGACCCAAAGGAUCGUAACUACAACGAAGUGUGCUCCAUCGGCGCAAAAUCCUGACGGAAGCUGCGGCUACGAUUAUCCGAAGCCAGAUCAGUCGUUCACGCUGCCUAAUCGCGUCUCGACGACUACUACAAGGCGUCCAACUACGACUACAACCCGCCGCACUACAACUACCACGCGAAGAACAACUCCGGCGCAGGAAUAUCUACCUCCAACCACAACUACUCGUCGACCAACAACGACCACGACCCGCCCGACAACUACGACAACUCGCCGAACUACCACCACUACGAGGCCUACUACCACCACUAGAUUGACGACAACUACGAGGAGGACGACAACGCCACCGAGAGUUGUGACCACUAAGUGUCCCGUGUCAGCUCAAAACCCCGACGGUAGCUGCGGUUAUGACUAUCCAAGGCCCGACCAGUCGUUCACGCUGCCAAACCGAGUGUCAACGACAACGCCCAGACCAACAACGACCACUCGUCGAACUACAACCACCACUCGUCGUACUACUCCGGCUCAAGAAUAUCUGCCACCAACGACCACCACAAGGAGGCCAACAACAACGACCACGAGGCCCACGACGACGACCCGUCGUACAACAACCACCACGCGUCCGACAACCACGACAACACGAAGAACCACACCAGCUACGGAGUAUCUGCCACCGACAACAACGACCAGGCGUACAACAACCACCACACGUCCAACGACAACGACCACUCGUCGGACGACCACGACGACUCGACCAACAACGCGAACAACUCCUCGCGUUGUAACUACCACUAAGUGUCCGCUAUCAGCGCAAAACCCCGACGGAAGCUGCGGCUACGAUUAUCCGCAGCCGGACCAGUCCUUCACUUUGCCAAACCGCGUCUCCACAACAACCACUGCAAGGCCUACUACGGUAAGUAAGAUUAUCGAGAUGUUGGAUCGAGUGGAAGAAGAUGUUAACCAUUUCGGAUUGUUCAUGCAGACACGCCGAACGACACCGUCGCAAGAAUACCUUCCGCCGUCGACCACGACGAGGCGAACAACCACAACCACGAGGCCCACGACGACGACUACGACCACGCGAAGGACAACAACUACCACUACGACAACUCCCCGGCCUACGACGACCACGGAGAAGGGAUGCAGCGAAUCGGAACUGAAUGCGGACGGAAGCUGUGGCUACGAUUAUCCCAAACCACCCAAUCCGCUCACACUGCCACCAAAGACACCGGCCACCGCCGCGCCUGAGUAUCUUCCACCGGAGGAGUCGACCGGAUACUCCUACCCGAAGCCAGCCAUACCGUUCAACUUCUAGACUCGGUUCAUCUCAUGUCACCCUAGUCGAAGUCGUGUGACCAUCGCCUUCGUUCCCGUUGCCAAUCUCUAAAAGGAUUCUCCCCUU